AUGUAUCCCUCACACGAAUCACAGACCCGGCCACAGUCCCCGUCCACGGCCGGUGCUUCGCCCGAAAACCAAACCGGAGCGACGGCUGGAAUCACCGUUCGAAGUGUUUGCGCGGCGUUGCAUCUUUCUAGGGCUACCUAUGACUUGCUGAUGGAGUAUUACUUUACCAACAUGACGGCCUUUUCGCUCUUUCGGCCAGGCAGCAUCGAAGCCAAGUUUGCCAUGAUGCAGCACCACUCUGACGCAGAAGCCCUUGUGGCCUCCAUCUUCUCUUUCUCGGCGAGGUAUUGUCGGGAUGAAGACAACUGCCCUAGCCCAUCCCACUUUGCCCAAGUCGCAUCGUUGAAGCUAGACGAAUCGCUCGAUCACUACGGCGACAUGCCUCCCCAGCUGUGGCUGUUGCAGGCCAGCGUCUUGAUCUCCUUCUACCAGUUAACGUUGAGCGUCCGGUCAAGGUCGUGGAAGAAGCUCGGGGAUUGCAUUCGAUACGCCUAUGACAUGAAUCUGCACAUCGUCGAUGCAAAUCAUGACCCAGGGUCGACGUCGAAUCUGGCCGCGGUGGAUGUCUCGCGCUGGGCUUUACUCGAGGAACGCCGGAGAGGUUGGUGGGCCGUGUGGGAGAUGGAUGUGUUUGCCUCGACCAUUCGUCGCCUGCCUACGGCAAUAGAUGCCAGCUUGAACCUGACCAUGUUGCCAGCUCCGGACAACUGUUGGUUUAACGACAAGUACCAGGAAAGCUGCUUUCUUGCAGAGGACUCCAGCCUUCGGUGGAAGCACCUGGCGCAAUCGGGAAACCAAAGCGCAAAAGCCUGGUUUAUCGUCGUGAACUCACUGAUGCGGAAUACCCAACGGAUCGUCUACCCAGCCGGCCCAGUGAUGCAGUCGCUCAAUGGCUCCAGUCAACCAAACCAGAACGAGGAGCUCGAUAUCAUGGCGAACACUCUGUACUGCACUAUCACCUCACUUCCCGCCGACCUGGUCUACCAAGGAGAGACUCUCGACUUCCGCGUAACACACACCCUCCCGCGGGAUGCCGACAAGGCCGUUAGCCCGCGCCAACAGCACGCCGAUAAGUACUCCAUCCACUUAAUGACCCAGCUUUGCCGUUUCAUGGUCUACCACCAUAAGAUCUGCGCCCGGGCCCCAUGGUUGGCGCACCGGCAAAAGGGCCAAUCCGAUGGGGACGAGGCGGCAGAGCGCUCAGAUGGCUCAGCCGCCGCGCAGAAGGCCAGCUCCGAGUGGUCCAACUAUAUCAACGCGUCACACGAGAUUGUCACCGUGGUUCGAAACAGCGCCCGGGACCACUACCGCUACGUAAAUCCCUUUCUCACAAACACGCUGUGGUUCGCCGCCGCAGCUCAGGUGGCUUGUAAUGUCUUUGGGCCCGCCUCGUUCAAUAAGCGUCUCGCAAGCUCCAACCUCGACCUGCUCAAACUCACCAUCGAGCGCUUUAUUUCCUUCUGGGGCGGCAUGGAGAGUUUGCGGGGUAAGCUGGCUCGCAUUGAGACGGGGUUGCAGAGUCUCAUGGCCAGACCAAGUCAUGCUGGCCCGGUGAUGGCACAACGGCAGCAGGAGCAAGCAUCGACGCAUAUCAAUCAUGCCACAGCCAGUACUGCAGAAGGCCUGGGAGAAAACAGCGUGACGGGUGACUUGACGGGCAACUUGGCCCACGUGUCUACGAACAGCCGAGAAAUGGGGCUGCCACAUCACAACACGGCCGUGGAUGGGACGGUACCAGCAGUAGUUAUGCCCGGCAGUAUCAACACCGACUCUACCGGGUGGGUCGAUCCUCACAGAUGGCCGGGUCUCGGGCCGGAACUGGACGGCUUUGUGCCACAGUUUACUCCCCCGGCAGGUCAGAACUUUUAUCCUGUGGCUGCUGCGGACACGUUUGACUUUUCGCCGUUUGGGUUGGAGGAGCUUUUAGUGGCCGGGAUAAUGGAAUCGCAAGUAUGA